AUGGUCACGUGCCGCGCUCUCAAAUCUUUUCUCUCACCAAACUUCACGCUUAUGUCCUCACCUCCAUUUAUAAAUCGUCUUAUUGUCGGUACUUUGGCCGUGGUGGCCGGAGCCUGGGUUUUCUGGGACACAGGAAAAGACUUUGAAUUUAUCAAGUAUACGCCGCACACUCCAGAAGAGGUGGAAAAGCGCAAAAGAGAACACAAGGGUUUGCUGAUUAAGCACUUGGAAACGUGUACACUUGACUAUACUCCGGAAGCCAAAGCGCGAUUGGAAAAGUUGGUUAGAGAGAGGGAGAAAAAUGAAAGAAGUAACGAGUAA